AUGUGCAUCUCUGCUGAACAUCAAUUUGUUGCCAAGAGACGACGAGACAGGGCUUCCAUGGCUGCGUCCUCCAAGGCCGGCAGCGGACCCGAACAAGUAUUGGUAUCCGCCAAAAAGGACGAGCUUCUCGAAGCCUGUCUAAGAUACGAUUGGGAUCAAGUCAACCAUUUGUGUCGCACCUUUUCUUCUGUCUUGAUUCGGAAGAAGGAUAGCGAACACACCGACUUGGUUCGUCAACAAUUGAUCUAUCAAGAUGCCUGGGGCAACACGGCCUUGCACGCCGCCUGCCAUUACGAUCCUCCUUGUGUCAUCCUAAAACAAAUUCUCAAAUUGGCAAAGGCUACUGGCGUCUGCCAUUCUCUUUGCACGCUCCCCAAUGCCAAUGGAGCCAUUCCAUUGGUCGUUUGCUGUACGACAGGCGGAGCUUCCUUGACUUGCCUCUUGCUGUUGCUGGAAGAAGUUGAUUCCAAGGAGCAAUUGUGCGACUCUGAGGGCAACUCGGCUAUUGACGGACUUUUGAAGAGGUAUCUAAUGUUGCGCAAGUUGCCCAAAUUUGCCAAGCAAAUGAAACCCUUACAGGAAAUCAACUCUGUCCAUUCUGCUGGAAACAGCAACUCAUCUGUAAUGAUCGAAAUGGAUGACCUGACCGUUGCUGGCUUUGAUAAAUGCUGGACCAAAAUGGAACUAAUCAUGAAAGCCGCUUGGGUUCUCGAUUUCCAAUCGUUGGAAGAUUGGAGUCCAUUGCAUGGGGCUGCCAACAUGGCCUCGCAGAUUCCACCAGAGCUCUCGGAAUUGUUGGUCCGAUGCCACGCAAACAUGGUUUCUACUUUAGUUGGAGGAGCACUCCCAUUGCACUUGGCAAUUGGCCAAAGAGCAAAUGGCAGCACACACCACCAAGACAGUUGCACAGCAAGCUUUGUGCAACACUUGAUCCAUGCGGAUUCAUCCACUGUUUCCCAUGUUAACCCCAAAACGGGACAAUUGCCAUUGAUGCGAGCCAUUGAGGCUGGUUUUUCAUGGCAAUGCACAGCAGAUACAGCUACAAAUGAUGGUAUUCUAAAGCAAUUGUGGGCUGCCUACCCGGAAGCACUGGAAGAACAAGAUUCCCAAUCUGGACUUUAUCCUGCUUUAUUGGCAGCAACUACCACCACCACCACCACCAAGUCAGAUGACAAUCAUGCUGACCAGGUAGAAAAUAUCUUUAGCAUGCUGCGAUUGAACCCUUCAAUCGUUGCAGGCGGCUAA